AUGGAUCCAAUCUCAAUCACCACAGGGGCUGUCUCACUCGCAGACGUGUGUUGGCGUCUCAUCAAGUUCUUAAAGGAGAUCCCGGCCGCCGUUGCCGCCAUCGAAGAAGAGAUUGACUCCUUGAUAACUGAAGUGGAAUCACUCAGGACCAUUGUCUCCACGGUCGAAGAGAGCCUUCAAACCACCCAUGCAGCGCAUCGAAUCACUUCCCGUCUCAAAGCAGCUAGUCUCGAAAACCUAUGGAAAGAUUGUGAACGAAGCCUUGCUAUAUGCCAAGAUAUAGCAACACAACUCGAACAUCUCGUGCAAGAGAUUCAUGGCAAAUUUCGCUCUACAGCCACCGGAGGGCUUGACGGACUGAAAAAAGAGUUUCGCAGACGUGAAAAGGUCCCAAGGCUGCAGGGACUACGUGAUAGACUCUCUUUUGAAAAACAAAACCUUCAGAUCUUGCUCACUGGAAUCAGUCUGUAUAAUCACCAAACAUCUCAAGACACGCUCGAUGAAAUAUCCACCGACCUGCGAAACCUCGAUCUGCGCUUUAAACAACAAAUAGUGGCCCUCGAGAGUCACCUCAAAUCAUCCGGCGAAAGACAUCUAGACCGGGAUGAGGAGGAUAUUGCAGCAUUAUCGAGGGUCAAGCAAUUUCGAAAUGCUGUACAAUCUGUUGCCACGGCGGUUUCUAUCACGACGCCAAACAAAUUCUUCGAUAUUCCCCAGCCUGUCAGCAGCGUGUAUACAGGCCGAAAUCAGUUCCUUGAAAAACUAGAGAACUUUCUAAUGGCGUCCGUUGAUCAGCCACAAAAACAGCAGCGCUUUGUUAUCUAUGGAAUGGGUGGAUCGGGAAAGACGCAAUUUUGUUCUAAAUUUGCGGAGCAAAAUCGAGAAAGCUUCUGGGGAGUCUUCUGGGUCGAUGCGAGCUCCCAUGAACGAAUGAAACAGACAUACGCCGAGAUUGCAAAGUUCGGCAAGGUAGAGGCUAAUCACAGUGCAGCCAUGCAUUGGCUGUCCAACCGCGAAGAAAGAUGGCUUUUGCUCAUCGACAACGCCGACGAUCCUCGCAUUGACUUGCAUGAGUACUUCCCCAAGGGCGACAGAGGCCAUAUCAUCAUCACGACACGCAACCCAGCACAUAAGAUAUAUGGCAAUGUUGGUCCAGGGUUCUUCGAGUUUCAAGGGCUAGAAGAUGGCGACGCCAGUGCUCUUCUCUUGCGGGCUGCUCGAUUGACAGAGCCAUGGGAUGCCGACUCUUCAUCAUGGGCUACCAAGAUCACCCGACAACUGGGCUUUCUGGCACUUGCCUUGGUCCAUGCUGGUGCUGCGAUCAGAAAUGGUCUAUGUUCUCUCAAAGAUUAUUUGGUGUUCUACGACAAGGAUUGGGAGCGGAUCCGCCGGACACCGAAAUCAUCGUUGGACUCUGGCGACAAAUACGAGCAAUAUAUGAGCGCGCUUGCAACAUACGAGGUGUCCUACAGGGGCAUUGAAAAGAAAGGAACAGAGCCUUCGGAGGAUGCAAUCCAACUGCUAAAGCUGUUCUCUUUCCUGUAUUUCAAGAAUAUCCGCUUCGACAUCUUGAAGAAGGCCGUGCUGAAUGGCGGGAUUGAGAAGCUCCAACAGGAGAAGGCAGAUGAAGAGAACUCCAGUCAAUCAAAAACUUGGUGGCAGAGAUACGAUAACUUUCGCAUAUCUAUACUGGGCUUCAUUGCCCAAGAUCGCAGCCCUCCUGCCUUGCCGCUGGUCAUACGAGAAGGCAGAGAAUCAGGGUUUUUCGAUGACAUACGAGUUCGCUAUGCGCUCAGAGAACUUGUUCAAAUGUCUCUGAUCACGCAUCACGAAUCCAACGAUAGUUACUCGAUGCACCCUCUAGUCCACAGGUGGGCCCGAGAAAGACCCGAUAUGAGCACGACAGAGCAAGCUGUAUGGGCGCAUGUAGCAGCCACGACACUAGCGCAUUCAAUUCUUCUCCCGCCUCUCGAAAACACUGAAUCCGAAGAGCUCUUUCGAAGAGAUAUCCUCCCUCAUAUUGAUCAUGUCAGAAGCUGCCAAGAAGCCACGGAGCGGAGAAUCUCCGAGAAUAGAAAACGCCGCUGGUAUGGGCUCCUGCAGUGGCCUGGAGCUGGGUCAAGCUUUGGUCGUUCCCAAGCUCUUCUGAACGCCAAAUUCAGUGUUGUGUUUGCUCAAAAUGGCCGAUGGAAUGAUGCAGAAGCGCUUCAACUGGCUGUGAAAAGAUACACAGACAAGGUCCUUGGCUUGGGUCAACAUGCUGCGCGACGUAUUACAUUAGCACUGGCACUUACCUAUUGGAACCAGGGAAGGGGUGACGAAGCAUCGGAUCUGCAGGAUGGCGUCCUUCAGGCCUGUCUUGCGUCUCUGGGGCCCACCAGCCAUGAGACAUUGAUGACCAUGGAUCUUCUAGGUCAAACAAGAUGGCAGCAAGGAAGAUAUAGUGAGGCCAGGAUGCUUCAGCAACACGCCGUCGAAGGUCUCAUGAACCUAAAGGGCCUCAAACAUGAAGACACCUUGAGUGCCAUGGGGAGUCUUGGCCGAACACUUGCCAAGUUCUACGAGAAUCUCGACGAAGCCAAGAGACUUCUCAAUCUGUCCUUUGACGGGAUGUGUGAGAUAUUAGGCUCCACGCAUUUAAAGACACUGCACGUGCGAGAAGAUCUGGCCAUGCUCGCUUUGCAAAUGGAAGAAAACCUACCACUGGCUUUAGAGACGAUGCAGCAAAUCCUCGACUGCCGCAAAGGCAAGCUUGGCAAGGAACACCCAUACGUCCUCCUUGCAAUGGCAAAUCUGGCGAGGGUUAAUUCUGCCCUUGGUCAGCACGCUCAAGCAGAGGAACUUGUUUGCAGUGCAUUGUCAAUCGCGGAUCGCAACCUAGGCGAAGAUCACAUCGGCACCCUGAUGGGGAGAACGGUCCUUGGUAGUAUCCUCAUCGGAGACCAGAGGUUUUCCGAGGCAGAGACUACGCUUGUCAAUGUAAUUGAGAAGCAGCGACAUCUCUCCUCCCACCGCGGUGAUUUCCAUCCGGAUCGAAUUGGGGCGAUGAUUAAACUUGCAUCGUGCUAUAGGUUACAAGGCAGACUCGAUGAGAGCAUUCAGCUGUGCGAUGAAAUAAUUGAGGGGCUUCGAAAGAUCAGUCUGACACAGCAUCCUCUUGAAAGAAAAAUGAAGGCAGAAAAGCGGGAAAUUCUUGAGAUGAAAUGUGCUGAUGCUGAGAUUGAGAAGCAGGGCUAG